AUGCCGACAAAUAUACUUUUGGCUCCGACACUGAUGCCGGGUAAAACUGAUUUAUCAUCAUCGGCUACAACACUUGAUCUUUCAAUCAAAUCAUCAUCUACUAAACUAUCUAAAUCACCUGAACGACAAAUGUCAUCAUCAACAACAACAAAAACAGCAACAUUACAAAAAUCUCUAUCACCAUCAAAACUAUCAGUACUAACAACUGAUCCAGGUGGUGGUGGUAGUAGUUCAACAACAGAUAGUGAUGAAGUUAAAGUAUUUGGAUGUGAAAAACAUGAAGAAGAUGUUGAUAUUGAUGGUGAUGCUAGUAGUGAUCGACUUUCACCUGUUAUUAAAGAAGAAGAAUCAUCACCACAACAAGCAAUAUCAAAUAAUCUAGCAGAUCGUCUGAACAGUGAACAUCAAUUCCACAGUUUUUUUCCAUAUUUCAUAUCUCCGUAUUAUCAUGCAGCAGCUGCCGGUAGUGCAACACCUCCUUUUGAUAAAAUGGCACCUUUAAGUUCUUUAUCAAAAUUCAUGUCACCACCUCCUGCUCAUAUAUCUAGUGCCAAUUUAGGCAUUGAUCCAAGUACAGGUAAGCAAGUCAAUCUUUUAUUUGAAAACAUUCUCAUUUUCUCAUUUUUUUCUCACUCAUAAUAAAUAUAUAUAUAUAUAUAUAU